AUGUCAUUGGACGAUACUGAUGGAGGUGCUUUCUCCAAGCUUAAAGAACCUGUGGAACGAAUGGCAGCUGCGGGCAUUGUGUGGCCUGCUUACUUAACGGCAGACUCUGUGGCAACCGGUGCACUCGGUGUCCUCGUGAGUAACUUGUUCAGUCAUUCUGGAACUCUUGAUCCAAACCUCCAGCUGCAAGCGUUUUGGGCACCAUUUCUCCUGCUGCACUUGGGUGGGCCUGACACCAUCACUGCCUAUUCUUUCGAGGACAACGAGUUAUGGUCGAGGCACUUGCUUCAGUUGAUCGUCCAGACAGGAGUUGCAUUUUACAUCCUUCUCAUGGCGUGGACAGGGUCCCAUAUUUCAAUUCUAACAAUGCCAAUGAUAUUGGCGGGGCUUAUCAAGUAUGGAGAAAGAACAUGGGCCCUGUGGAAUGCAAGCAGCCCUAAGCAAUGCAGAGCAUUGAAGCCUAGCUCUGAAAAGAUGGUGCAAGCUUUGUUAGAUGGUGAAGAUCAUUCUGAUGAUCAAUUACUUCAAGUCGCCGAUGGGAUGUUUGAUGUAGCCAAGCAUCUCUUUGCAGGUGUGCCAAUACCUGCAAUAGAACAGUCUUCUACGGCUAACCACCAGAAGUUCACCUUUAAAUUUUUGGAGAAAAUAUCUCCUAAAAAAGCUUUUGAAGUAAUUGAAAUGCAGCUUGGAUUUAUGUAUGAUUUGCUCUACACCAAGGCACUGGUGACCUACACUCCCUCUGGCAUUGCUUUGCGGUUCACUAGUUUUCUUCUCACCAUCAUUGUGUUGGUGUUCUUUUCUUUGGCACCUCACAACACACUAAGGUACUCAAAGCUCGACCUUCGCAUAACUUUCCUAUUGCUAGCUGUGGCCAUUCUUUUAGAGCUUUAUGCGGCACUUUUAUUGUUAUUCUCAGACCACACUGUUGUCUGGUUGAGAAAACAUAACAGAAAUAGCAUCUCUCAAGCCACUUCUUCUCUUCCACUACCUAGAAAUCCUAGAUGGUCGAAUUCCAUGGGUCAAUUCAGUUUGCUAAGCUACUCCCUCAAUGAAAAACCUAAGCAUUUCCAUGAAAUCCUAAAGCUCUUAAAAAUUAACGAAAAGCUAGAAAAACAAGGACAUGUUGCUUAUCGUCAGGUCCCGGAGGAAUUGAAAAAAUGGUUAAUCACACAUUAUCUGAAAUAUAGGGAGCGGUUGGAAGCAAAUCCAUUAUACACAACUCAGAAGGCUGUUUUAGAGGACUGUGGAGGUUCUGUAACAUUGGGACAUUUGGGUUAUGAUCUUGAGGGCAUUCUUUUCUCCAUGACUAGGAUAGAUUUUCAGCAAGCAAUCCUCAUUUGGCACAUUGCUACAGAACUCUUGUAUCACCUAGAUCGCGACUACUUCACCCAAAAAAAUCAAGAUACCAAAUGCAGUAAGAUGAGCAAACACAUCUCCAGAUAUAUGAUGUAUCUCCUGGCGAUAUCUCCCGACACGUUACCAGGAAGUGAGGCAAUUGGUCUGACAAACUUUCAACACACUUAUGGUGAGGCCAGGAAAGGAUUAGUUGAAUCUUUCAAACCAAAAUUAGAAGGACUCGGCACCGAAAAGGAAAGAAAACGAAAGAUUAAAAUCCAGGCAUCCAAAUGGUUGUUGGAGCGACACAGAAAUCUAAUAAGCUUGGAUGAUAUCAAAGAUGGCCAAUUGAUUGGCUCUCUUUUAUCAUACGGGUGUGCAGUAGCUAACAUUCUCAUGGAGGACAAACCGGGUGGAAAAGAGAGAGACCCAUUUGAACGGAUAAGAGUAGCAAACCUCAAGGAGGAAUCAGCAGAAGAGCGUAUGAAUAGAAGAUGGGAAGUAUUGGCCGGAAUAUGGGUGGAGUUACUAAUCAAUGCUGGAAGACAAUGCACAGGAAGUCAGCACGCACAACAGCUCAAACAAGGUGGAGAGUUGGUGACUCAUUUCUGGCUUCUCUUUUCUGAGUUAGGAUAUCUCGAUCAACUGGUCACUAAGCCAAUUGAAAAAUCACCAACUGAUGAUAAUGUUUAA